AUGAAUGUUGCGGAAAAUGCCAAUGCAACUGGAACAAGGUGUCCUGGUAGCGAUCCACUUCAUGUUUUUCAUGAUGACAUUCCAGAAACAUUCGACUUUGGAACGGUCUCUGUGGAAUUGACUUGCAUCGCUUCAUCGUCCACUAGUAUCAUUCUGGGUUCCGGAUGUGGAGCAUUGUUUGUCUACAACAGAAAACUCGCCAAGUUCGCAAGACCAUUGCGUACUAAUAGUUUCGAGGCGGUUACUUGUAUUCACCACGUGCAUCUGCUCGACGACUUCGUUGCCGUUGGGCAUAAUACUGGAACCUUAGUAGUUAUGCGCUUGCCAAGUGGCCGAAAGGGAGCAAGUACAUCGUGUGAAUUUUACCACAGUUUCUUGUUCGAGGGACAAGGUUCCGUGUCAGGGUUAGGAUUUCUUGGAAAUUCAGUAAUUAUUGAUGACGGAUUGCAAAUGGUGCUUGUUGAUUUAGAACCUCCGCAUACUUCUCAAGUGAACAAGGGCUAUUCUAUUGGAAAUUUCUGUGUUGAUCUUGAUGACUCCAUUUUAUACAUUACGAAGCCACGUGGUCUCCAUCGCGUCGGUGUGUCCUCGAUCGCAGAUUCUUUAUUGGAUCAGGAUACUGAUUCAUCACUUUCGGCCUUACUCGCUUCUCCUCGUAAAUUGAUCUCGACGGGAGCUUAUCGUUUUACCCAGAAGGGCGCCUUCCUUCUCACUUCUGCCAUCAGCACAGCAAAGGAUAUCCCUUUCAGUUCUAGUGUUUCUAACCUCUUCGAAGAUGCAUUCGAUAUGACAAACAUCAAAGAAGACAUUGGAAAUUUCGUGCAAAGUGCUAGACGUAGAGAUGUCUCUGCUGGAAAUGAAUAUUUUCAAAUUGGUGAAGAACCCGUCUCAGAUUGUGUUGGAACCGUCCAAAGUGAUCCAGUUGGUGAUCUUUAUGCAGACAUUGUUGAAGAACACCCGGCGGAUAUCUUUGUGCAACGUAAAGUAAAAUUCACUAGACGCAAAAUAGGAGAAAGUUCUCGAGAACCCAGUUUCUCUGAAUGUUCUUCAGAUGAUCCACUUUCCAUAGAUGAAGACAAUAUUUUGUCGCUUCGAAAGCAGGUUCUCGGAAAUACCGUUGUUAGCGCUAGCCAUUUCGAACCUGGUACCAGCGUCAACAGCACUUCGACGCACAUUGCUGGAGAUGGAUCACCAACCAGCUGCUCUCGUUUGACAUCUACCGAACGUGAUUCGUCCACCUCUCUGUUGUCGAGGAGCGCAUCUGACGUCCAGUGGAAGCCUUCCAGCAGGAACGAGGAUGGUCCACAUGAUCUUUCAUCGUUGGGCGAGCACGAAAGAUCAAUGGGUUCCCCGUAUUCCAGGGACGUGCAUGGAGGAGCAGAAUCAGUGACGCUAGCAUACGAAUAUUUAUUGCAGAAGAAUGCCCCCAACCCGUCAUUUUUAACCACUGAAACCAAUUCAGUGGAUCGUUAUGAAAGUGUAAGGGCUAAUGAUGAAGUUGGCCAGCAGUCGAACAAAAACGUUUUAAGCGAUCGAGUUGAUAUAUGGUUAAAGAUAGUGUCUGUCUGGCAGGUUUUUCUUCCAUAUACUCCCAAGGCUUUUUCUGUUGGUAGAAAACACCUUGUGUUGUGCCACCAGAGAAAACGUCCUCGUUUCGCUAUCCUUGACGAUUUGGGAUCUAAGAAAGCAAAUUGGCAGGUGGCGAAGUGGUCGGCUAUGAAUGUCGCAAUGAAUGAUGAUGAGUCCAUAAUCUGGCGAGUAAGUCAUGAUAUUGGUUGGAGUGCUAGUGGACCACUGUCGGUCUCCACUCGGUUUGAGGAAUGUGCAACUGACGGUGGAGGUGUGACUGAGGUGUCACUCGGAGCAAAUGUUGCUUGGUAUUUAACGAAAAUGGGUGUCUCCUUGCAAAUGGAAUUGCCAGAUAAGGCCAUAUUUUCGGGUGUAGAUCGGGAUUGGCCGAUGAAAUCUAUUUCAGUGUCUGACGCUGCUGUUUGGGCAAUAAGGUCAGAUACUGGAAACCUCGUUGUGCGAGUGGGACUGGCGCGAUGCAGAAUGGGUCUGGACUGGGUGGAGAUUAUCCCUGAAGGUCCGUCGAAACUUGUAUCAGUCUGUGUGUUCCGUACUUAUGGUUUUGCAUUAGAUGAUAACGGUCAUCUUUGGUUAAGCACGGGAGUUGAUCAUCAUCAUCCCUACGGCAGCAGCGACGCUUUUUACAGGGUGUGUACUCCUAUAGUUGAUACUAAAACUGCUCCUAUUGAAACGUGGACUAUUCGCAUCAUUAAUGCUAAGUUCAUUAAGGAUCACUUUAUUUGUGCCGUCAGAAUUCUGAAGUUUUCGUCUAUCGACCUGCGAGACAUAAUUUCACUACUAUCAAUGUACCACAAGGAACAUAUGCAGUUCAUUGUCGCGAUAUGUGCUAUUCCUGCGAAGCUGUCUAUCAUAAACAGUAGUGGUCAUGUUUUCCAUUCAGAUGGCGAAUCAUCAUUCUGGGAGGAAGAGACCAACCUAUCUGGACCUGUAUGUUCGCUUGCUCACGGCAAACUCGGCAGUUGGGCUGUUGGUUGCGAUGGUGUCAUAUUGAGUAAGCCGAGUGGAGCGGAUUUCUGGACAAUGAUUGCUCCACCUGCUGAUCUUGACGUUACACCAACGCAGGUGUUUUGUUCUCCAAAUGGAAUCUACGUUUGGCUGCUUGCUGGUGGUCGUGGAUGGGCUCGAGGGAAUAUUAGUAACAGGAAUCUCACUGGUGUAAAGUGGAUUGAGACCUAUCACACAUCGGAGUUCAGUAGUUUAGCAGUUGGUGAUAAUGUCGUCUGGGCCAUCGAUUCUAAUAACGUACUUCUUCGCUUACGAGGCUUAGCGGCUGGUAAUCCAGCUGGAAACUACUGGAGACCUAUUUCGUUUGAAACAUUUAGAGCGAUUUCAGUUGAUGCUCAGAGUGAACUGUGGGCUAUUAACGUAGAUAAUCGACUCGUACGUCACCAGCUCAUCACAGACAGUGAGAAUAAGAAAGCUGAAGGAACGGAAGGCAAUAAGAGCGUCAUAUGCUCCACUUUAAGAGAUCUGAUGAAAAAUGCAAGUGACCUGAUUCAUGAUGUUAUUGGCGACGCAUUCCGUGCUGCAAAACUCCUCAACUACACUCAGGCACUGGACGAAAUGGAUAAACCAGAGCGAUGGCAGACGUGGACUGUUGGAAUACUAAUAGUGUCAGCGUGUUCGUUUUCGGCACCACUGGGGAUGUUGGCGUUGCCGUGUCUGAGCAAAGUUCUCUACGAACGGAUCAUGGUUCUCCUAAUAGCACUUGGGAUCGGAGCAUUGAGCGGAUCGUCUAUAUUCAUAAUGAUACCCCAGGCUUUUCAUCUCACUGAACUUGACGACUUCAAUUAUCACUCAAAAUCGACAUUAAUCGUUGCUGCUCUUUAUAUGUUUUUUUCGGUGGAUCGGAUAUUACAGUACGCUCUGGAACUAAGAAGGCCUCGUAGCACUACGGCUAAGGCUAUGGUCGCAGUUGGACAGCUUCCGAAUGAUGGAUCAAUUGAGAAACAUGGGAAAAAUAAUUAUUCCGAGAAAAUCCGUAAUAUCGAAGAGAAGGAGAAGGCUGAGCUGGCGGAGGAGGUGGAAAUUGCCAUGUUGAGUAACGCUCUAGCCAGGACGUUUUCAACCCGCCGCCGUGUUGCAGUAAUGAGCGCUGUUGACGGCAUUGAGAUCAGAGAUGCGACUCGCAAAGAAGGAGAAACUAAUGUAAGCUCAGCGUCAUAG